AUGUAAAGAAGCUAAAAUGAAGAUGAUAAACCUUUGAUUCCAUUACCUUAAGCAACUGAACAGAAAAGAUAAGAGAAAUUGGCAUAUGAGAAACAAAUGGCUAGAGUUACAUUGCUUAAAUAAACACAAUAGAAGAAUUUACAUCUUGUAUUAUGUAACUUGAAGUAGAUAGGCUAAAUUAUAUGAGAUGGCAGCAGACAAGAUAGAAAAUGGAUAAUCAGUGAAGAAACAAUUACGAAAUCUAGGAGAGGAAGCACGAUAAUUGAAGGAAGAUGAUAUGAGAAAAAGAAAACAUCAAAUCAAAUAGAUUAGAAAACAUGAAGAAGACUUUAUUUUAAAACGAGCUGCUAAUUAAAAGAUUGGGUAUGCCUGGUGGGUGUAAUUAGCGAUUCCAUGAAGUAAUCAUCAGUUAAGGAGUACAAGAGUGCCAUUAAAUUGACUCUAUCAAGAACAAGAGAUUGUAUACUACAGGAGAAUUAAAAAGUUAGAGAGACUCUAUAUCAAGAAGAAAAAAAGAGGAAAGAAAAGAAGGAAGAAGCCAAAAAAUUAGAUGAAAUCAAAUCAUAACAAUUUUACAAGGAAAGAGUUUCCUAUGAAAAAAUGAUUGAAGAAAAACUGAAAAAAACCAGAGAAAAGCUCUUUUAAGACGAACAAUUUUUACAAAGUCGUCUCUAAGUAAAACAUACUUUAUUUAAAUUUCAGGAAACUUAAACUUUGCUUAGUAAAUCUUAAAAGAAAUUCAUGGAACUCUAGUCCUUAAGUGUACACAGUAAAAGAUGAGUAGCA